AUGGAAAACUCAAAUAUUGACUCUUUAGACCAUUUGGAUCGUCUUUUGUUAAAUACAACUCAAGACAAUAAUUAUAAAAACUAUCUGUUUAUAGUGCAUGAUAAAUAUCUUGCUAUGUUCAUGAUGGAUUUAAAUGAACAUAAUGACGCAGUUUUUCGAAACUUCAAUGAAAAUAUCCCUUUCCAUAUUAUUCCUAUCGAGAAGAUUAGUGAGGUCGAAUCGGAUUGCAUUAUUUUGAACAAUGAUAAUUAUGGUCGAUCCCUUGAUUUUCCUACGCAUAAGUACGAUACAGAUUUUAAACCAGCAUAUUGGUUGCAUGAACGAUUUAUGGUUCUUAAUGGGGAGUAUCGAUAUCAUUAUGAACAAGAAGAAGAGGUACACCGUCGUCAAGAGGAACGCCAGUGUCUACUGGAAUUAAUGAUUGAAGAAGAAGUUCAAAAGCAAGAAAGUCUAUAUGGAAAUGAUAUUAAUCGAAUACUGGAUGGCACAAGAUCAGUGUCACCGCGUUUCAUUGCAGAAUUUCGUUUGAGCCAUUUGGAUGCACUCAAUAAUGAUCUGCCGGAUGCAACAUGCCGGAUUUGUCUUGACGAUUACAAAAUAAAUCGAUGCUCUGCUCAAUGGCCUUGCCAAGCUAGACAUACAUUUCACUUCGAUUGCAUGCUAGAUGUUUUACGAGCAGGAAACAUGUGUCCAUUAUGUCGACAUCCCGUUGAAUCAACGCAUCAAAAUACUAUACAAGUUAGUCUUCAAUUUUUAUUAGAAAGAAUAAAUCCUAAUAUAUUCAAUUAG